AUGUUUAUGUGGCGAAAAAAAUGUCUUUGUUUGCGGGCGAUCUACGACGACGAUGUUCACUCGCUGGAUUACAAGCACACUAACAUUGAGGAGAUACCUCCGGACGUGUUUCUCCACGAGAGAACUUUAGAAGUGUUGGACGUUCAAUCUAAUUUUAUCACGCAUCUGCCCAGAGAGUUGUUCUUCUGUGCAUGGCUGAAAAAAUUAGUGCUGGCCGACAAUGAAAUAACUGAACUACCAUCUGUGGUUGGAACUCUUAUAUAUCUGGAAGAAUUAGACAUCAGUAAAAAUGCAUUGGUUAAUAUCCCAGAAGAAAUACAAUCUUGUCAAAACUUAAAAUACAUAGAUUUCAGCUCAAACCCGUUAACAAAGUUCCCAAAUGGCCUAUCAACUCUACUAACCCUAACAGAAUUAAGUGCCAACGAUUGCCUGCUACAGUCUUUACCUGAUAUGUCCAAGCUGAAUUUUCUAGAAGUAUUAGAAUUGAGAGAAAACAAGAUGACAUCGUUGCCUGGUUCAUUUUCGAGCUUGCAUGCAUUGCAGAAGCUCGAUCUCGGAGACAACUAUUUCACUAAUUGGCCUGAGGAGUUGAACAGUUUGUAUGGCUUGCAGGAGCUCUGGUUGGAUAAUAAUAAACUGAAGAAAAUUCCUUAUGUAAGUAAAAUUCUUUCGUCGCUGAAUGAGUUAGAUAUUAGUAACAACAACGUUGAAAGCAUGCCUGGCGGUGUUGGAGGGAUGAAGAUGAUGAUGACGAUGAUGGCUGAUGACAAUUUUCUCACCAGUCUGCCUGACGAGAUAUGCAGCUGCACCAGUUUGACGUUACUUUCACUGAGAAGGAACAACUUAACACAUUUGCCAAGGGACAUUGGUGGGUUUCUUCUCACUUUUUUUUACGCCGGCGCUACUCAAUCUUUAGAGAUUGAAGGACCACAUAAAAAAUGA